AUGUCCUCUCCAUCUACACCACGGUCGACGCGCUCCGCGUCGCCCGCGGGCGGUUCGCCGAACAUUAUUACACCCGGCCAGAAGAUCAAGGCCAUUAUGGCUCAAUUCGAUAGCGAUUCAGAAGAGGACACCCAAGUCGCGAAAUCAGCAAGUGCUGUAUCCAAACUGAAUCUCGGUCGUGAUGCAGCCUUGACCACUAAGACACGCGAGAAUGCCCCAUCCCACGAUUCAGAAGACGACUCAGACAGUGCGGAUGAGGUUAUCCGACCCAAAGGUCGAAUGGCCGCUAGGCUGCAGGGCAAUGUCAAAUCAGCUGAAUCUAAGGAUGGAGAUUCUGCAUUUGCUCGCGUGUCCAAAGCCCUCCGGUCGGAGAGAGAGGAGGCAGAGAAGCCUCAGCAGACAGAAGCUGAACCCACACCCAAUGACGAGUCUAGUGAUGAUGACCUACCUACGGCUGGCCGCAGAAAAAUGAACAACACUACUUCCGACUCGCCGAAAUCCGAUAACAGAUCUAGCCAAACCCCGUCCCGUUCAAGAGCAGACUCUCCACUUUUCGUAUCCUCUCCAGGCGAGCCGAACGAGAAUACAGACAAUGAAAUGCAAGAUGCGGAAAGUGAUACCGCCGAGAAGCCCAAAGGAAAUGCCCGUUUCAUGGCUCUUGUCGCUCAAAAGCGCAAAGAGCGCGAGGAGCGAGAGAAAGCCGAUGAAGAGAAGAAGGCCGCCAGAAGAGCUCAGAUGCAGCAAUUCAGCUCAGAAAUGCUCUCGGGCGAGGAAAGCGGUGCUGAAGAUCCGCAUAUUGCAAGCAAGCUUUCACAAAAGCCUCGUCAACCACGGAAAGCCAGCAAGAAGGCGCUGGAAGAGAUGCGACAAGAGACACAGCGAAUGAGUCGCAAUAUGCAGCUUGCCCACCAGGCCAAGACAAAGAAGAAGAUUACCAAGGAAAGCCUCUUCGCCCGAUUCAACUUCAUGCAACCCGAUUCACCUGCCGAACAGCCCGCAGCAAAUGUAUCGUCAACAGUCGGCUCACAAAAUUCGUCCGAAGGAGAACCACGCACCCAAACCAAAGAUACCCCGCAUACUUCUCCUGUUCUCGGACAAGCUGAUAUCCCCAAGCCAAAUACUGCUUCCGAGAAGCAAGUGGCUGAUGUAGAUAUGGACAUGGAUGACGAUGGCGAUGACCUGAUUGAUCCUACAGAUCUCCUAGCCCCAAAAGAGAGCACUGACGUGUCCAAUUGGCCUGCAGUUGAGGAUGACCCGACUCCUGUACCCGAGCCUAAGAGCGAGAGUGCAAAAUCAAAGAAAGUCCAUCGUCCAUUGACUCAACCAGCUAUCCGGGUUCUGCUCUCCAGACAACAGGUUGCUGCGCAUCAGAGAAGCUCAGAUGACUCAGAUAGCGAUCUUGAGGUCGUCACCUCUCCUGGAAAGUGCCGUCGAAUCGCAGCGUUUGAAAACCUCCCCUCUAGACAAAUGCAGGAGGAUCCCGCUAUGACCAAGCUCAAGGCGUUGGCCCACCUCACAUCUCCCAGUCGCAAAAUGGCGUCUAUGAACUCUGCAGAGCUCUCUGCGGAUCUAUUGUGGCGGGCUCGGCAGCAGGCUGCGAAAGAACGCCGGGAGCGCAUCGAAGAGCUGAGGGCCAAGGGAGUUGUCAUUGAAACAGCCGAAGAGCGUGCAGCAAUGGAGGACGACAUGGAAAACCUUGUUGAUAAAGCACGCAAAGAGGCAGAUGAGAUCCGCCGACUGGAGAAAGCUGCUAGGAAGAAAAGCAACGGCGAUGAAGACGACGACGAGGAUCAAGACUUCGAGCUUUCCGGCUCUGAUCAGGAGGGCUAUGGUGAAGGCGACGACGAAGACGAUGAAGAGGAGGAGGAAGACGAAGAACGAGUCGACAGGGAUGGGGACUUGGUCGAAAAUGAGGCUGAUGAGGACGAUGAUUCGGCUGAUGACGAGAGUGAAGCCGCCCCUUCAGAUGCAGAGGAAGAAGUCCCUGCUCCGCGACGAAAGCGACCAACUCGAGUGGUUAGUGACGACGAAGAUGAAGAUCAACCGCAACCACCCUCAACGCCCAUGAGAGCAUCGAGCUUUGUUCCACAGUCGGCCGAACGACCCAAAUUCCCCGGGAUGGGAACGCCGGGCGAUAUGUCCUUAGGUCUUACCCAAGCAUUUGCCUCCACAUUGGAUGAAAAUGGCGUGGGAAGCCAACUGGGGUCUUCCACAAUUCCUUUCUCUCUCCCCGAUCCUGGUCGUCCUGUUCCUCAACUUCGCAAAGAAGAUUCAGAGGUCCUUGUCCCAGAUAGUCAGCCCCAGCCUAAUGAGAAGGACUUCAUGGAGGUCUGCACGCAGAGUGUUACUCGAGUAUCCGAGUCGCCUGCCCCAUACGCCUUCUCGGAGUACUCCCAGUCGGAACUCCCCGAUCCAACCCAAGAUGAGGGCUUUGUCUUCUCACCAUUCGAUCCUGCCAAGAGGUUCAGGGACACCCCGCCAAUGUCUACUGUCGAUACCGUCCUUGUGGGCAAAGCCCAGUCGCCCGUCGCUGACCGCAGACGCAAGAUGCUACGGAGAGGACGUGCACUUGAACUUAGCCAAGUUGAGGAGGAUGAUAAUGAGGGUGACUUUGAAAUCAAUGCCAACGCCUUCAAUGUCAUGAAGAAGGCCAAGGCCGCGAAGAAGAACCCAGCCCCACAAUAUAACAAGCAAAACAGCAAAGCGAAGGACAUUGUUGACGAGGCCGCCGAAGAAUCCGAGGAUGAAUAUGCCGGCCUUGGAGGCAAUAGCGACGAGAGUGAUGGUGAAGAAAAUGCCAUCGAUCGCCAGAUGAUCAAUGACAACAGUGGCGAGGUGGUUGAUGAGAAGCAACUCGCUGCACUCAAUGCUGUCCACGAUCGCAACCGCGAUGAGAAAGAUGUCGCCAAGCUCAUGAGAGACAUCACUACUGGAGCCCUUCGUCGUCGCAAGAAUGCAGAUGAUGACUUUGAUCUCGACGAUUCAGACGAUGAGCACAUCGCACGUCGUCGCGAGAAGCAACGCGAGUUCGCUAAAAUGCGUCGCGCUCUCCUUGCAGACGAGAAAAUCGGCGAGAUUGCAGAGAACCCUAAGAAGGCAGCUUUCUUCAAGGCUGUCGAAGAUCGAGAAAUGGAUGAUGACUUCAACCUCGAUUUCCUCGAAGAAGAAGAGGGUGGCUCCAACGGAGAAGCUUCACAAGAUGCUGUCCAACAGGAACAGUCAAACGAUACGGACGACGUUCAGAAACGCAAGCGUCCCCUCGAACCAUCAGCUGAAGAUGCUGCCAACCGUCCCCCACCACACCUCCGUCGCACUCGUACCAGUGCUAUGUCCAAGAAGCCAGCCACUCUAGCCGAGAUUCGUGAAACACUCUCCUUCCUCACCGAAACCCCCGAAUACGAAUCGUUCCAAGACGACGCUUCUCUCGAUGAGGACGAACAGGAUCAAGAAGAGCAAGAAGAAUCCGGCGCGGAAUCUUUCCAAGACGAGGACGAGCAACCCCAACCAGACACCACCUUCGCCAAACCUAGUAACCCCCGACGCACACGUGGAGUUGUUGUCGACCGUCUCGCCCUUCUCCGCCGAGCAUCUUCGAACUCCGCCACAUCAACCACUGGCUCUGCAAACUCCAAGCUCGCCUUCUACAAUGGCGGCGGCAGCGAAGGCCCUAUCGGUUUCCGCCCUCCACAGCUCCUGCGUCGUGUUACCACUGGUUCUUCAUCGUCUAGUAGUUCGAGCACUUCUAGCCGCGUUUCCAAAGCUGCAGCGUCCGGUCCGAAGAAGGGCGGUGCUGUCAACUCGUAUACUGCUGCGCGUGAGCGCGAACGUGAGAAGGAACUCCGUAUCAAGCAGCGCAGCAGUGGAUCCAAUAUCUCAAAGUUGCUGGGGAAGCACACUGGUGGCGGAUUGGGUGCGUUGGAUAAGGGUCAGUGGGAUUGA